CCUCCACACUUCGUGCUCGGUACGGGGACUGCUAUUCUGGUUCGUGUUAGUAGACUGGUGCGCCACUCUUUGACUAGCGGUUGCGUAGCUUACGUGAAUGUUUUGUCGUAGCAGAGGCCCAGGUAAAAGGAAGUGGUCCCCCGUGGACGAGUAGCUACCAAAUCGGGACGAGAGUAAAUGGCACUUAAAAUAUUCAACGAAUGAGUUUAAGCUAAUCGAGGUGAUAAUCAGAAAAGCAUCCAGUGGUCUGUUUUGAGCCAAAUGUGGGGAAGCAUUAGGAGCUGAAGAUAUAUUUUAUCAUGAAGCCCAGAUUAACAUUUGUCUGCCUAGCCCAUGUGUCUCUGUUAUCAUGAACUGUUGAAAAGAAGAGGAUGACGAAAUGAGAUAAAGUGGAUGACUGGAGGAGCCUUAGCCCCCUCACCUCCACCAGUUUGAAGCAUGGCUGGCCUACAGCUUGUUACUCCUGCCACCUCACCCAUGGGGCCUUUCUUUGGUCUUCCAUGGCAGCAGGAGGCUAUUCAUGAUAACAUUUAUACACCUAGAAAAUAUCAGGUUGAACUUCUUGAAGCAGCUCUUGAACGCAAUACCAUCGUCUGCUUGAAUACUGGCUCAGGGAAGACCUUCAUUGCAGUACUUCUAACAAAAGAGCUCUCCUACCAAAUACGUGGACCUUACCAAGAAAAUGCAAAGAGGACUGUUUUUCUAGUGAACACAGCUGCUUCUGUAGUUCAGCAAGCAGCUGCAGUCAGGACUCACUCUGACCUCAGUGUGGGAGAGUAUACAGAUCUGGAGGAGACCUUAGCAUGGACUGACCAACGGUGGAGUCGACAGAUAAUAGAAAAUCAGGUGCUGGUCAUGACUUGCCACAUAUUCCUUCAUGUUCUGAGGAAUAAAAUCUUACCAUUGUCGAAAAUCAACUUGGUGGUGUUUGAUGACUGCCACCUGGCCAUCACAGACCACCCUUACUGUCAGAUAAUGAAGCUGUUUGAGGGCUGCUCCUGCACUCCUCGUAUCCUUGGUCUCACGGCUUCCAUUCUGAAUGGAAAGUGUGACCCAUCAGAACUGGAGCAGAAGAUUCAGAAUCUGGAAAGAAUCCUUAAGAGCAAUGCUGAGACUGCUACUGAUCUUGUGGUCCUGGACAGAUACGCCUCUCAGCCAAGAGAAGUGGUGUUGGACUGCGGUUCCUACGUGGACAAGAGUGGCCUCUCCUCCCGUUUGCAGGCUGAACUCAAUGAAGCUCUUCACUUCCUGAAUGACUGCAACAUAUCUGUGGUCAAGGAGGACCGUGAUCCCACAUUCAUCUCCAAACAGGUCCUCAAUGACUGCCGGGCCGUACUGCAGGUGCUGGGGCCCUGGUGUGCGGAUAAGGCAGCAGGCAUCAUGGUGCGCGAGCUACAGAAGUACAUCAAACACGAGCAGGAGGAACUCAGCCGCAAAUUUCUACUCUUCACGGACACUAUUCUGCGCAAAGUGCACGCUCUCUGUGAGGAGCAUUUCUCCCCCGCCUGCCUGGACCUCAAGUUUGUCACGCCAAAGGUCCUACGGCUGCUUGAGAUCCUGCACGAAUACAAGCCGUUUGAGCGGCAGCAGUUUGAAAGUGUGGAGUGGUACAACAACCGCAACCAGGACAACUAUGUGUCCUGGAGCGACUCUGAGGAUGAAGAUGAGGAUGAAGAGGUGGAAGCCAAAGAGAGGCCUGAAGCUAACUUUCCCUCUCCAUUCACAAAUAUCCUGUGUGGAAUCAUCUUUGUGGAGAGGCGUUAUACAGCUGUUGUCCUCAAUCGUCUUAUCAAGGAGGCAGGGAAGCAGGACCCAGAGCUUGCUUAUAUAAGUAGCAACUUCAUCACUGGCCACAGCAUUGGCAAGAACCAGGCACGCAACAAACAAAUGGAGGUGGAGUUCAGGAAGCAAGAGGAGGUUCUUCGCAAAUUCCGGGCUCAUGAAACUAACCUUCUGAUUGCCACCAGCAUCGUCGAGGAAGGCGUAGAUAUUCCAAAGUGUAACUUGGUGGUGCGGUUUGACUUGCCUACAGAGUACAGGUCCUACGUCCAGUCCAAAGGCCGAGCUCGGGCACCUGUCUCCAACUACAUCAUGCUGGCUGACACUGGGAGGACCAAAGCCUUUGAAGAAGAUCUCAGUACCUACAAGGCCAUAGAAAAAAUCUUAAGGAAUAAGUGCUCCAAGUCAGUGGAGGUGAGUGAGUUUGAAGUGGAACAGGUGAUGGAUGAUGACAACAUUCUACCACCCUAUGUCCUGCGGUCUGAGGAUGGAGGUCCUCGAGUCACCAUCAACACAGCCAUCGGUCACAUUAACAGGUAUUGUGCUCGGCUGCCCAGCGACCCAUUCACACACCUAGCACCAAAAUGUAAAACCAUGGAGAUGGGAGAUGGAUGUUUCCAGUCCACUCUCUACUUGCCUAUAAACUCCCCUCUGCGAGUUCCUGUCAAGGGUCCAGUGAUGAAUUGUGCAAGAGUGGCAGAGAAGGCAGUUGCACUAGUAUGCUGUGAGAAACUCCACAAAAUAGGUGAACUGGAUGAUCACCUGAUGCCCGUGGGAAAGGAGACGGUAAAAUACGAGGAGGAGCUUGAUCUUCACGAUGAGGAGGAGACCAGUGUCCCAGGCCGGCCUGGUUCUACGAAGAGAAGGCAGUGCUACCCCAAAGCUAUACCGGAGUGUCUGUGUGACUGUUAUGCAGUACCGGAGCAGAGCUACUACCUGUAUGUGAUUGGGAUGGUGCUCACCACUCCCCUCCCUGAUGAGCUCAAUUUCCGUAGAAGAAAGCUCUACCCGCCAGAGGACACCACCAGGUGCUUCGGCAUACUGACUGCCAAACCCAUACCUCGAAUUCCCCAUUUCCCGGUGUACACUCGCUCUGGUGAGGUGACCAUCUCCAUCGAGUUGCAGAAGUCUGGCUUCACGCUCACCACUGCCCAGCUCGACCUCAUCACUCGUCUCCACCAGUACAUUUUCUCCCAUAUUCUCCGCCUGGAGAAACCUGCACUGGAGUUCAUGCCCACAAUGGCUGACUCUGCUUACUGUGUUCUACCUCUGAAUGUUGUUGGAGACUCCAACACACUAGAUAUGGAUUUUAAGUUUAUGGAAGACAUUGAGAAGUCUGAGGCCCGCACUGGCAUUCCUACUACUCAGUACACAAAGCAGAACCCCUUCACCUUUAAGCUGGAGGACUACCAGGAUGCUGUCAUCAUUCCAAGGUAUCGCAACUUCGACCAGCCUCAUCGCUUCUAUGUCGCUGAUGUGUACGCAGACCUGACACCACUCAGCAAGUUUCCUUCGCCAGAGUAUGAGACUUUCGCUGAGUACUACAAAACAAAGUACAACCUGGACUUGUCAAACCUUAACCAGCCGCUCCUGGAUGUAGACCACACCUCCUCCAGACUGAACCUGUUAACCCCUCGACACCUAAACCAGAAGGGCAAAGCCCUGCCACUCAGCAGUGCAGAGAAGAGGAAGGCCAAGUGGGAGAGUUUACAGAACAAACAGAUCCUGGUCCCAGAACUGUGUGCCAUCCACCCUAUUCCAGCCUCCCUGUGGAGAAAAGCAGUGUGUCUGCCCAGCAUACUUUACCGCCUACACUGCCUGUUGACUGCUGAGGAGCUCAGAGCUCAGACAGCUAGUGAGGCCGGAGUGGGAGUCCAGACCCUCCCCCCUGACUUCAGAUAUCCAAACCUGGACUUCGGCUGGAAAAGGUCUAUUGACAGCAAAACCUUCAUAUCCUGCCCUGAGUCCUGCAGCGAGGAAGGUGCCAGUCACUGUAAGCACCAAGAGACUAUAAGCCCUGAUCCCAGUUCCCUAAUGCUUCCCAGUGGUGAGCACUCUUCCAUGUCUGAGCAGGAGGACUUCAAAGCUUUAGAUUCUGAAGAAGCCCCCUGCACCAGGAACCUAACUAAUGGCACUGCCUUCUUUGCUAGCUGUGACGAUGGCAACCAAAAUGAGCAUCUUCCCCAAUGUGACAAUUGCCAAUGCUCCCAGCUCAGCUUUGCUGGGCUGCAGAGCUCCAAAUCAGUACAAAGCACUACCUCAGUUCUUGUGCAGCCCCCUCACACCUUGAAGAAGCCCAACUCCAGUCCUCCACAGCCUAGUGAUGAAUGUACAUCGGGGAGGACUUCAGACCACACAAAAAAAGCUACCUCAGUCUGCAGCCGAGCAGCCACGAGUCCCAACACUCUCACAGCACCUUCUGAUGUCUGUGCUCGUCCCCAGCAUGGAUCCCACGCAGCAAACUCACCCAAGAGCUUGGGGCCCAACCCCGGUCUCAUCCUGCAGGCCCUGACCUUGUCUAAUGCCAGCGACGGCUUCAACCUGGAGCGGCUGGAGAUGCUCGGUGACUCUUUCCUGAAGCAUGCCAUCACUACAUACCUGUUCUGUACCUACCCUGAUGCUCACGAAGGACGUCUCAGCUACAUGCGCAGCAAGAAGGUGAGCAACUGUAACCUGUACCGUCUGGGAAAGAAGAAAGGGCUUCCUAGCAGAAUGGUGGUGUCCAUCUUCGACCCUCCAGUUAACUGGCUGCCUCCUGGAUAUGUGGUCAACCAGGACAAGAGCAGCACCGACAGAAUGAAUUCAGAGGAGGCCAAAGAGGAGCUUUUGGCUAACGGGCGAUCUGGACACGAAUAUGAUGAGGAUGAUGACGAGGGCGAGGAUGUAGAUGAAGAUGGCGAGUUGAUGCUGAAAGAUGAGCCAAAAGAUGAAGUGAACAUGGAGGAUGAUCUUGAGUAUUACAAGGAGCACAUCCGCUUCAUUGACAACAUGUUGCUGGGAUCUGGAGCAUUUGGGAAGAAGAUCUCGUUGAGUGGCUUCCCUCCCAAUCUUACUCCAGCUUCAGGCUCCUCACCAGCUAUGGAAUCUCCGUAUGAUUGGAAGACCCCCAAGAAGCCCUCCCAUCCAACCGCAGCUCAUUACCCCACAGAGCAGGUGCCCAGUGGGCCCUCACCUGAGGAGUUUGACUACAGCUCGUGGGAUGCAAUGUGCUACCUGGACCCCAGCAAGGCCGGUGAGGAGGAUGACUUUGUGGUAGGCUUUUGGAAUCCAUCGGAAGAGAACUGUGGCACUGAGCUCGGUAAGCAGUCCAUAUCCUACGACCUGCAUACAGAGCAGUGCAUCGCAGACAAGAGCAUCGCUGACUGUGUCGAAGCUCUGCUAGGUUGCUACCUGACCAGCUGUGGAGAGAGAGCUGCACAAAUGUUCCUGUGUUCACUGGGCCUCAAGGUUUUACCAUUGGAGAGAGGUCCACCGACUGGAGCAGCGGCACAGGAUUACACUCAUACUCAAGUCGCAGACCUGUGUUACGGCUGGCUCAAGAUCCCACCCCGCUGCAUGCUGGACCAUCCAGAUGCAGAACGAACUCUCAACCACCUCAUAUCUGGCUUUGAGAACUUUGAAAAAAAGAUCAACUACACUUUUAAGAACAAGGCUUAUCUCCUGCAAGCCUUCACUCACGCUUCCUACCAUUAUAACACCAUUACAGAUUGUUACCAGCGGCUGGAGUUUCUUGGCGAUGCAAUUCUAGACUACCUCAUAACAAAGCACCUUUACGAAGAUCCACGGCAGCACUCUCCUGGAGUACUGACUGACCUGCGCUCAGCGCUCGUCAACAACACCAUCUUUGCCUCUCUGGCUGUUAAAUACGAUUAUCACAAGUACUUCAAGGCCAUCUCGCCAGAGCUUUUCCACGUCAUUGAUGACUUUGUGCAGUUUCAGCUGGAGAAGAAUGAAAUGCAAGGCAUGGACUCUGAGCUGCGACGCUCCGAAGAAGACGAAGAGAAGGAGGAGGACAUUGAAGUCCCUAAGGCCAUGGGAGAUAUCUUUGAGUCGCUAGCUGGAGCAAUUUACAUGGACAGCAGGAUGUCAUUGGAGACUGUGUGGCAAGUGUAUUAUCCAAUGAUGAGGCCACUUAUAGAGAAAUUCUCUGCCAAUGUGCCACGCUCUCCUGUGAGAGAGCUGCUCGAGAUGGAACCAGAAACUGCAAAGUUCAGCCCCGCAGAAAGAACGUAUGAUGGGAAAGUCCGCGUGACGGUGGAGGUCGUCGGAAAGGGCAAGUUUAAAGGUGUUGGCCGCAGCUACCGGAUUGCCAAGUCGGCAGCGGCGCGACGAGCUCUGCGCAGCCUCAAAGCCAAUCAACCUCAGGUCCAAAACAAUUGAGCUCUCUUACUGAGCUGUCAGCAUUAGCACCUAAGUUACCGAAGCCGACAGAGCAACGUCGGCUUCCGAACACAGCACGAUACUAGCCCUGUAUCUUUAGCCUGUGAUGGCACAACAACGGCACCCAGGGAACACUGUGUGCAGACACAACAAUUGAAGAAGACUGAUAUCACAGCCUAUUUCACAUUAGAUAUUCUACCUUUCUUUUUUUUUGCGCAAACACAAUCUUUACUUUUCCUUUCUGCUUUGUGUAAUCAUGAGUGCUUUAUUAACGUAUAGCAAGGUGUUUAUAUAUAAAAAAAAAAAAAGGUCAGGUCACAGUGUCAAUUCUCCACUGUUCUUUUUGUUGUCAUCUGUUUUUAACCUUGUGUCAGUGAGAUGAGGCUUAUGCUUAUUGUGUAGUAUUAGAUUGUAUAUAGUUCAAUCAGAGGUGUAUGUAGGAAGAAAAAAAAACGCUAAACCCCUCAGCCUGUGCACUAGUGCCAGUCAGUUUUAAAGCGGUUUGUAAAAUGCUAAUGGCAGACGUGGCUAACAGAUACCACUGGAGCGAACACCUGGUGGCAUUUCUGUCUAAUCUGUCUUGAAAUGUAUUCUUGAUCAGUUUUGCACUUAUUCCAUUAGGAUCUGUUAUUUUUAAAAUGGUGUGGUCAGAUUGACACCAAAAUCAUAUACGUAGCAAAGUAUAUAAAUAUAUAUGAAAUGCAUAAAUGAUAUUAUCGGCCUUAGAUGCUAAGGCUCACCGUCAUCCUGCAAAACUGAUAGGAAUUACAACAUUCCCAGUUACUGUAAUUUAAACUAGUUUCUAACCGCACUUGAGGUUGCAUGUUCUUGUAGCUUCUGUAUAAACCGAGACAACUGGAUGGCUUCUAUAAAUGUUUCAAGUCUACGGCUAUAUGUAGUGCGACAGCCAGGUGAGAUGUUUAAGGCAUUAUCUCUGCGAUUUGGUUUUAGCGAUGCUAAGAGUGGAUGGAGUCGACUUGGUCAGUCUUGCGCAAUAGAUGUCUUUCCACAGCAAAUCAUCCAGUUUUGAUACGAGGAAAAAAGAGAAACUCACCCGUUCAAUAUGCUGCAGAAUCUUCUAUGAGUUGGAUACUCGUGUGUGACACGGAAUCUUUUCAGACCGUCUUUGUGAACAAGACCAAUUCAUUUCAACAGUGUUCCUCACAUCCCUUACCUACCAAAGCUAUAGUAGAUGUGACACUAUGAGAAUGAAGUCAGUUCCCGAGGGUAAGGAUACCAGCCUUGUCUGUGGUUUUUGCUUCUUGCUAAAUGUCUCCCCCCUCGCCCUCAUAAAUAAGCCCUUUUCACUUGAAUACCUCAGUUAAUUGCAUGCAUUUUCUUGUCUUUGUUUUUCUUUUUUGUUUGGUGCUAAUUUUUUUUUGUAUUAAGCUUGAACUUCUCAUCUUUUUUGCACUGUAACUAUAAUACCUCUUUAUUUGACCUCCUUUUUUUUUUUUUUUUUUUUUUUAACUGUUUAGUUUGGUGGUCCUGUUUGUUUGCUAUAGAGCUGUAAAGGAAAGCUGUGUGGUCGACUCUUCUCCCCUCUCAUACUUGAGGCACUUGAUGAUUUUUAGAGGGCGGGGAUAGGAAUUGUUUUCUCUGCACAUAAAUUAGUUUCAUCAUCUAUUCAUUUCAAACAAUUUAGUUUCCUUUCGAAUUCAGGGGUAAAACAGACGAUUGACACGAGGAUACGUGCUUGUAGAGGUAAUCGGAUUGCACUCUUAAAUUUGCUCCAAAAAAUAGGCGGUGAAAAUACUUGACUUAACUCUUCAGUUCUGUCUUCAUAAAUAAGGGUUGGAAAAGACUUUUACCUGUGUGACACCUGAACUGUUAGUAUAGCGAUCUGAAAUCUAAUCGGUCACAAAAUCCUCCACACAGGUCUUCUACCUCAAAGGAUCGUCCUCUCAGUGUUCAUUUCUGCACAAGACUGCAGUUCAGUUCAGUGCACUCUGACAGCGCCGUCUACAUCAGAUCUUCAGUAUACAAUAAGCCAAUCUCCAGUUCCAUCAUAAUGAUUUGCGUCGCUUGUCUUGAAUCAAAGAUGUGACUCAGAUCUUAGUGCCUUCUGUGGGAGGAAACCAGCGUGUGCACGGACUGGAUCGCAGGCCCUGCUUGUAUCUGAUGUUAACAAGGCUAUUCAGUGUUCUGAUCCAAAGUGGACAGCCCACUUCACUCCGUCAUUAGAAUGCAUCUCCGUGGGUGUAGAGUACCACUCGUGAUUGGCUCUCAGUCCUCCACUCUGUAUGCAAAUAUGUGCCUGCCUUGACGCCGUUUUCAAAAACCACAUGCCAGAUCCUGCAUGGGUGCAUUUUCCAAACCAGCGUUUGCCCGUACUCGGACGGCUCGGUCAUUACCUGUAGUCGUCUCCAAAUGCAGAUGACUUGCCAUGUAUGGGCUACGGACAAUGUUAGCUAUGAUGCUUGGCCAAGGUGGGUCAUUGUUUAGAGUGGGUCUGUGGAAACUGACUUGGGGAACACUGAAAAGGAAAAUGCCUGGUGAAAGCAUUUAGCUGCAGGAUUGGAUUUUUGGCCUGGAGUUUUGUUUUGUUUUACUGGCAGGGUUAGUGGAGUCAGUGGAGUAGCCUCCUGAGUAGCGUUGUUCACAGCAUCUACAGCGACACACUGAAUACACAAAUCAACAUGAAUGUAUAUGUUCUUGCUUUUGAUCUAAACUCCGUAAUUAAACUGAAGAUUAUUCCUAAAUAAAUCAUGUCACUGAUUGGCUCCAGUGUCCUUGGCUGACUGAAGACCCACUGCAGACAUUUUCUAACUCUGACCCAUGCUAAGUGUUACUAGAGAAAACAUAAACCUGAGAACUCCGGACAGGAACUGGCUCUGACUGGGUGCCCGAAAGGGUUCGAUCAACAACAGAGGGC